CGAUUCUCUCUCGCAGCGCUCCUUCCAUUCAGUUCUUGCUUUGCUGUGGUCCGGUUCGGUUGUGAAAACUAAUACCUUGCGGAAGGAAAACGCUCCUAAGGUCUAGAGGUGGUUGUGGUUCGGUUUCGGUUAAGUCAACGCUCUUGUUCCGUAGCUUCCGAUCCGGGGCGUUGGAAGUUAGUACCCGGGAGUGAGUGAACUUACGCGAUAUAGACAUACCGUGCGCUGGUGGCAUCAAGGGGUAGGACACGUGGCGCGCAACCAAAAUUUGAGGAUUAUUUUCGAGGAAUCGAAACUAUCUGAAUAACUCAUGAUCCAAGUGCACCGUGGUGAUAUUAGAGGGUGACAUUUUGUUCGUAGUUCGUUCAUACCCUCCACGAAAUCGACUUUGCCGAUUUUUGUCGUGAGUGCUGAAUUAAUAAGUGCAACUCGAGCAAGACAAAACGGAACGGAACGUUUCGCAUUUCGCAUUUUCGGGGGAAGUUCCUAUAUAUUUUUAUAACGGAUUUCGGCCGGUUGCGCUCUAGUAGUGACGUGAAGCGCAAAGUAUAGCGCAAAACAAAAAGAAGUGUGUGCAAAAAAGUUACUUGGGAAUAAGUGAAACCAGCGACGACGUCGACGACACAGGAGGAAAUCAUGGCACCAAACAUUGUCGAGCCAAGCGCACCAAUAAAGACUUCCCUCAACGAUAUGGAUACAAUCUGCAAACCGGCCCCCUUCUCCGACGAACUGGAUGCCGUUGCCGAGCGGGACCGAUGCGACUACACACAGAAGAUCACCUACCAAAUGGCCAGAUCCGGCACGGCCCCGCGGAGGAUUCGCGUCUACGCCGACGGUAUCUACGAUCUGUUCCACCAGGGCCACGCCCGGCAACUGAUGCAGGCCAAGAAUGUGUUUCGCAACGUGUAUCUGAUUGUCGGCGUGUGCAGCGAUGAGCUAACGCACAGCAGGAAGGGCCGCACCGUCAUGAACGACGACGAACGUUACGAGGCGGUCCGGCACUGUCGCUACGUGGAUGAGAUCGUCCGCGAUGCCCCCUGGGAGCUGGACGACGAGUUCCUCGACAAGCACAAGAUCGACUUCGUGGCCCACGAUGAGAUCCCGUACAGCUCGGACGACUGCAACGAUGUGUACGCCAACAUCAAAGCCCGCGGCAUGUUCGUGGCCACCGAGCGCACCGAAGGCGUCAGCACGUCGGACAUCGUGGCCCGGAUCGUCAAGGACUACGACAUCUACGUGCGGCGCAACCUGGCCCGUGGCUACACGGCCAAGGAGCUGAACGUGUCGUUCCUGUCGGAGAAGAAGUUCCGCUUCCAGAACAAAAUGGACGAACUGAAGGACAAGGUGAAGAAGGGCAAGGGGGACAUCAUUAGCAAGUGGGAAGAGAAAUCCACCGAUUUCAUCCGGACGUUCCUGCUGAUGUUCGGUAAGGACAGUCGAAUCUCAAACUUCUGGUCCGAUUCGAAGCGGAAGCUCACGUCGGCGCUGAGCCCGCCCGGAAGUCCCAACGGUGGUAGCGAGUACGGCGACGAAGAGGGAGACAGCCCGGAUUCGGUGCUGGACUCGCCACCGAUGAAGCGCUCGAAUCUGAUCAGAUCUGCCAGCGGACUCGGUCUGUCGGCGAGGAAUCACCUCUCGGAAACGGAAGACGACGAGGAGGAAGAAGAGGAGGAGGAGUUUGUCGAUUCACGUUCGCGACCCGCUUCCAACUACAGUUUGGCGGCGAUAGCCAACGGUCAGCACUAGGAGGGUGGUGCGUUCAGUGUGAGUGUCUGAGAUUGAGAUAAUUUUGGGUUGUUUGGGCAUUCGCUUUUCUUUCAAGCAAGGAACGGACUGGGUCUUGAAACCGACUAAGGUGAAGAAUGCGCAGAUUUGUUUGAUGAGAGCGAACGCAGUAACGACUGAGACUGAUGAUGCUUGUAUGUGUGCGUGAGAAUGCAAUCGAGGUAUGCGUAGCUAAAUUUCCUGCAUAUUAUUACAUAUUUAUUUAAUUAUAGUCGCAUGUUUAGAGAAGGUUUUGUUUCUUCCUUUCAAUAGCAGGUUUCUUUUGUGUUGCAAACAUUAUCCGUUUUAAUUAGCUUUUCAUUUCACUCAAAUAUAAAUUUUAUCUAGGCCUUUAGUGUUAAAACUACCUAAAAGUACAUCGAAUUGGCAUACUUAUUCUAAAUUGUUUAAUUUUCUUCGUCAAAAUGCUAACAUAAUGGUCUAAAUAACUCCUUUUCUACGUUAGGUAGCUCAGGGAUGUUACAAUACCGAAUUGGAUUCGAUAAAUAAGGCUGUUUCAUUUUAUAAUUUUAACGAGCAAAUCAGUCCACAGUGGUCAAGGACAGGCAUCCUGUUAUUGUCCACUGUGUGAUUGUUUUGCUGAGUAAGGGAUGGUAUAUAUGCGAGAGUAUCCAGGUGCUGAUCGGCAGAUUUUUUGAAGCGAAGUUUUUAGCAAGAAUUUGAACCAAAGUUUUUGGAAUGGCGGCCAAUGGUUUUAUACAUACACAUUUGGCGCGAUCUGAUGGCAACGAACGGUGGUAGGUGAAUACUAUUUCCAAGACGACUUUGAGCAGAACAUUCCAGUGAAAUUUCUCGAACGCGUAAUUUAAUACCCUUGGAACUAAAAUGACAUUCAAAUUUAACUUCCUUCUCAUAAGCAAUCUAAUGUUAUUUAAAACACCUAAACAACAAACGUUUAAAACAAUUAGUGCUUUUCCCUUCUAUACCUGUAGCUUUGCGAAGACGUCUUUUACACAAACUGUUGGUUGUCUACUAAAUGUAAACUCCCCCGUAAUUUUCCGGUUGAUAGAUAUUUGCGAGAGUUGCCUUUAAACUAUUGAACAAUGGGAGCGAACCCAUUUGACAUGAAUGCUGUUUGACCUAGUGCAAGCGCAUUUAUGUCUUUUGGGGUUCUUCCCAAAAACAAAUACCAUUUCCUAAGAUCUAGAGAGCUUGAAUACAGCAAACGUGUGUGGUCUAUGCCGCUUCGAGCAACCAACCGGAUUUCCAAAGAAUGCAGAUAAAAGAUUCUCAAACAAAGAGGGAACGCGUGUAGUUGAAAGCACACAGAAGAGAGAACGCAAUACAUCGCAGUACCCACUAAACUAAUAGUUAACGCGCACCUUAGUGCUAUUUAUUGGAAUGGUCAAUAUACUUUUUUUCCUGGUAGUUGGUGGAAGCUGGUCGGCUCCGGCUCUAAGGAUAUGAUUCGUAACAUAUACAAUAUAUAUAUUAUCUGGAAUAGUAUAUAAGGCGUCAUGUUUGUUGAAUGUACCGACCGACGAGAGGCAGAUUUACCUAAACUAUGCAGAAAAAAUGAUGGAACUACCUAUGAAUAAUAUUGUAUUGGCGCAAAUUCAGUUGCCAGUUUUUAGAAGCUACCAGUAGGCAGUACAUAGUAGGUUGUUUACAUUGGAAACAUUUAAUAACUUAUUCACCAAAUUAAAAACAGAACGAAAAAUGCAAAGAAAACCAUGGAAUAAAUACAUUGAAAGUAAAAUAAUCAUGUUAUACACA